AUUCCAUAUUUCCAAGUUGACACUCACUUCUUCAUUUUUUAUUUUUCUUCUUCUCAUCUUUUGUCCCAUUUUUCUCUCAUUUUCAACUUCCAUGGCGGAUCAGCUUACAGAUGAUCAGAUCUCUGAGUUCAAGGAAGCCUUCAGCCUUUUCGACAAAGAUGGAGAUGGUUGCAUCACCACUAAGGAACUUGGAACCGUGAUGCGUUCGUUGGGCCAAAAUCCAACUGAGGCUGAGCUUCAAGACAUGAUCAAUGAAGUUGAUGCUGAUGGAAAUGGAACCAUUGACUUCCCCGAGUUCCUUAACUUGAUGGCUCGGAAGAUGAAAGACACUGAUUCUGAGGAGGAGCUCAAGGAAGCUUUCAGAGUGUUUGACAAGGAUCAGAAUGGAUUCAUUUCUGCAGCUGAGCUACGCCAUGUCAUGACAAACCUAGGCGAGAAGCUUACAGAUGAAGAGGUUGACGAGAUGAUUCGUGAAGCUGACGUGGAUGGUGAUGGACAGAUCAACUAUGACGAGUUCGUCAAGGUCAUGAUGGCCAAGUGAGAACUGAUCAACUCAACUUACCUAAAUUCGGUUAUUUUGAACCUUGUGACAAUUGAGGAUUUUAUGUUUUUUAUUUUGCGCGACUAAUUUUGUUGAUAUUUCAGAUUCUUGUGUAUU